AUGAAGCCCCGGAAAGGCGCGGUGCACGUGGUGGGCGGAACGGACGACGACGACGAGGACGCGGAGAUUGCGCGCGCGCGCGCGGAGAAGUGGUCGUUGGCGGACGUGGCGGAGGCCACGGCGCAGUUCGCGCAAGAGCGCGUGAUUGAAUCCGCGGGGCAGAGCGUCGUGCUGCGCGGGAGCGCGCGCGACGGGCGGGACGUGGCGGUGAAGCGCUGCAAGCAGCCGCAGCCCGAGACCCAGGCGCUGUUUCUCCGAGAGGUGAUGCUACUCACAAGUCUGCGCCAUCCGAAUCUCCUCUCCCUCGUGGGCUACUGCGACGAAGGGACGGAACAAAUCCUCGUCUUUGAGCACAUGAAGCACGGCUCGCUCGCUUCCUGGCUGCGCCCGCCAGCAGAGGCCGCUGAGUCCCGACCGCCACUCACGUUUGAGCAGCGGGUGAGGAUCGCUGCUGACGUGGCACGAGCAGUGGAGUUUCUGCACUCGCAGCCCAAGCCAAUCGUUCACAAAGACAUCAAGACCGAAACCAUCCUGCUGGACGAGAAUUUCAAAGUGAAGCUAGGGGGACUAGGGACGCGCAAGCACCUGCCGGGGGAGUCCAGCCGCGUGCGAGUGCAGCGGAGGAAGGGGUACUUGGACCCUGAAUACUGCCAAACUUUCGUUGUCACUGCCAAGGCCGAGAUCUUUGCGCUUGGAGUUGUCAUCCUUGAGCUAAUAACGGGUCAACCACCGGUGGUGGAAGAAGAGGUGGUGGCGAAGGCCGGUCGAAACACCGUGAAGAUUGUUACGCUUGCACAAUGGGCUAUACCCAAAAUCAAGGAUGAAAAUUUCGGGUUGAUAGUGGAUGGACGGAUGGAAGAGUACCCUGCUGACAAGCUGGAGAUCCUGACAAAGAUUGCUUCAGAGUGUUUGAACCCUCUCCGUAGAAAUCGGCCUGACAUUGGACCGGUGCCGCGCUCUCCCGCCCCAAAAAGCUCCUCUCGUGCUGGCAGGGCGUCACGGAGAUCCCGAGGCUCGUCGCUGGGCGGCGGAGAGUCCGAAGCAGCGCACGAGUACACUGUAGCUCCCGUUGACGUUAUUUUGGGGCUCAAGCCGGCGGGUAGCGCGGGCGUGGGUGCCGACCAAAGGGGUUCCGACGCGGAACGGCUCGGUAAUGGGGUAGCUAGUAGCGGGGCAGUUAAUAGCGGGGCUACUAACGGGUUCAGCAGGGAGGGGAAGCUUGGGGAGGGCGGAUUCGGGAGCGUGCACAAGGGGAGGGUGCAUGUCGGUGGGGGGAGGAUGGAGGAAGUUGCUGUGAAGGCCCUGAAUCAGGAGGGUUACCAGGGCGAAGCGGAAUGGGUGACCGAAGUGAAGUACCUGGGGGCGUUGGGGCAUCCCAACCUGGUGCGGCUGGUGGGGUACUGCAUGGAGGGGGAGCACAGGCUGCUGGCGUACGAGCUGAUGGAGUAUGGCAGCUUGGAGCGAUACCUCUUCCGCCGCAACGUCACACCUCUCCCCUGGAACAUCCGCAUGAAGGUGGCUCUGCAUGCGGCAAGGGGGCUGGCCUACCUGCACGAGGAGACAGAGGCGCAGGUCAUUUACCGUGACUUCAAGGCUUCCAACAUUCUCGUGGACAGGGAGUUCAAUGCAAAGCUCUCAGAUUUCGGUCUGGCCAAGGACGGGCCGGUGGGCAGUGACACGCAUGUGUCAACGCGGGUCAUGGGCACAUACGGCUAUGCUGCUCCCGAAUACAUGCUCACUGGUCAUUUGACUGCCAAAUCUGACGUCUACAGUUUCGGCGUUGUCCUCCUUGAAAUAAUUUCCGGGCGGCGGGCAGUUGAACGAAACUUUCCGCCUGGGCAGCAGAACAUCGUGGAGUGGUCCGCGCCGUUCUUUGCGGACCGUCGGAUGCUCGUGAAGAUCGUCGAUCAACGGCUGGAGAACCAGUUCUCAGUGAAAGGGGUGGUUAAAGCGGCCAGACUGGCUUAUAACUGCCUGAAAAAAGACCCCAAGGAAAGACCACUCAUGUCUGAUGCUGUUCAGACCCUCUCUGUGCUUCAAAACUUGACAGACUUCCCCCCACCGCUACCAGCAGUACAACCAACACCAUCAGCACCAUCAGCAUCACCACCAGCUGCAGCGGCAGCAGCAGCAGCAGCAGCAGGCUGGCAUAUGACUGUCUAA